AUGUCUAUUUUGGGACAUAUACGAUUCUAUGAAAAUAAUUGGAUUGACUGUGAAAUUCGAGAAAAGCAGGAAAUUUACAAGGGCAAGGAUAAAUCAAACGGCUCACAAUGA